AAUAGGUAAUAAAACCACGUAGCUGUGAGGCAAUCGAUGAACACUGCAUUCUCUGGAUGCACAGUGCAGACACUGGGCUGAUCAGUCUUACUGUUUGUCAGCAGCUGAAGACAGAAGGACCACACCCGUAUAUAACAGAGUCACCUUGGACACAAUGGCAGCCUCAGAUGACCCGGAGGCCCGAUGGUCGGACCGCAGCAAGGAUCUCGAAUACAGUUACUACCAUGCCACGACUGAUGUCCCUUUUACUGCGGACACCUUACAUGGUCUUCUAGACAAAAAGGCUGCUGAGCUCUCAGACAAAGAAGCUUAUGUCUUCCUGCAGGAGGGGGCGCCCAGAAAGGCCAUCACGUUCAAGGACAUGAAGACGAAGACGGAGCAGCUAGCUGCGGCGUUGGUGGAAAAGAUGGAUCUCCGUCAUGGUGACAGAGUGGGGAUACUCUCUCUGAACUGCCUCGAAUUCCCUAUUAUAGAGUUUUCCCUCUCUCGGAUUGGGGUAAUCCUGGUGAAAAUCCACACUGUGCUCAAAAGCGGCGAAGACGUAAUGUUCAUUUUAAAGAAGACGGACUGUCGUUGUCUCUUUGUCCGGCCUGGUCAUGACCAAGCAUUUUAUAACAUCCUUUCGACAUUCCUUCCUGAGUUGAGUAGUCAUGAUCCUGAGGAACCGCUUAAUUCUCCUGAGGUACCAGAUCUUGAGUUUGUUGUGACGAUGUCCGACGAUUCGUUCCCCGGCACAAUCGCCUGGGAUAGUCUGUUUCCGGUGGAAUAUGACCGCGAAGUUCUCCGCACAAGGCAAAGUAGAGUGGAUUUUGAUGCUUUUUCGACAAUCUUUUUAACCUCAGGAAGUACAGGGUUUCCUAAAGCUGUCUUGGUAACGCAACAACACAUAACAAAUUUGUGGCUGCACAACUUUCUUCAAGCUGGAAUAUCACGAUCGGAUCGUUAUCUGUCGGAAUGUCCGUUGACACAUCCAGUUGGAUUUUGCUCCGGGCCGGUUUUACUAGGUCAUACAUUAAUCAUCAUUCAGAAUCGAGCUGGUCAAUGCACAGAAAAAACGGCGACAUUUAUCUGUAAAACAAUUGAGGAUGAGAAAAUCACAAGUGGAGCCUUCUUUCCAUAUGUACUCCAUGAUCUUUUGGUGGCCUGUGAAUCUGGGAAACAUAACUUGGAGACGUUGAAAAUAGGUUUCAUUGGAGGACAGUGUGUGCCCCGGGUAUUUAUGACCAAAGGAUUGCAGUAUAUUCCAUCCCUACUACAGAUCUAUGGCAAUACAGAAUCUGGGCACCUGCUAUGUACAAGACGUCACGACGACCUUCAUCACAGAAUGGAUGUGACUGGUCUUCCUCUUCCGCACACGGAGGCGAAGAUCGUCGACAGAGACGGCGUCGUUCUCCCCGUGAACCAGCUCGGGGAACUGUACGUUAGGACACCACUAGGGUUCAUCUGUUACUGGGGAGACUUGGAGAGGACCAUGAAAUCCUUGACAUCCCAGCGGUGGUUCAAGACGAAUGACGUGGCUGUUAUGGAUGAGAGAGGUUAUGUCACAAUCUUGGGACGAAACACUGAAGUCAUAAAUCGUGCCGGUUUCAAGACACAUCCUGUGGACAUAGAACGACCUCUUUUCGAACAUCCAAAAAUAAAGCAAGCAGUGGUGGUUGGGGUACCAGACGAAUGUUUAGGUGAAGAAAUAUGCGUGUGCGUGACGCCUAAAGCAGACGCCAGCAUCUCGGAGGAGGAAUUAAGGACGUUUUGCGAAGACACUUUCCUUGCUCCAGAAAAUGCUGUAGAUAAUUUAGGCAAGACACCUAAAUAUUAUCUUGUUUGGGAGAAUUUCCCAGUACGACUUGGGAAGAUUGACAGACGGGCAAUAAAAGCUGAUGCGACCGAAAAGUUAGUUCACAGAAGUGAGCUACUAUCAAAAUUGCUCAAGGACUAAAUGUGCGAAAUUUUAUUGAAGUUUUGUUGCUUUCAAUGUCGCGGCUUUAAAUGACUGAAAUAAACCUAAAACUAGUUUGCUUGUUAUUCCAGAGCGAGAUAAUGGUAUAUGUACAUUUCAGUCGGGAUGAGUAACAGUCGCUUUGCGCUUCAUGAUGAUCGGAUACUACCGAUACGUUUUGCGUUGAGAUAUCUAGGCCCAUGUUUUCAAAUUGCAAUUACAUAGAACAUGUGCAUGUAGUUUGUAGACUGUUUUAUUCAUUAAAACAUGUUUUUUUUCACUCACUAAUGAUGGUCUAACUAGGGAGCCCCAUCAACAUCGAAAACUUGUCGAAUUAGUUUUUUUAGCUAUGAGUGGUG